GCCUCCUGAGCAGCAGCCAGCAUUGCAGUUGAAACUGGUUAGCUUUGAGGGAAGAAGGUUUUUUUUCAGGAGUAAUGGCUUAUCUUAGAGCCUGGAAGCCCCCAGACACCUUUCUAAGGAGACAAAACUCCAACAUCUCUUUCCAAAUCUAAACUGUGGCUAGUGAUGUGACUUACACCCUGAAGGUAGAUUUCUCUUUAGACCGUGGAGAGGAGGGAUUCCUCUGGGUCUGUCUUGAUCGGUGAUCAUGAACAAUAAUUUCUGUCGGGCCUUGGUGGACCGGAGAUCCGUGGCUUCCCCAAGCUGUAUGCAGCUGGGGAUCGUGGCCCCUCCUGGGCAUUCCCACCUCCCCCCUACUGAGUCCUUAAUGAGCAUGCCUUUCCUGCUCUACCCCAGCAAUGUGGAGCCAGCCUAUUAUGACACAUAUGGUGGGGUGUUCCCCUAUGUCCCAUUCCACGGCCCCUUUGGAGUCUAUGACUACCCUUUUGAACCAGCCUUCAUCCAGAAACGCAACGAGAGGGAGCGGCAGAGGGUGAAGUGUGUCAACGAGGGCUACGCCCGGCUCCGGGGGCACCUUCCAGGUGCGCUGGCAGAGAAGAGACUCAGCAAAGUGGAGACCCUUCGAGCUGCCAUCCGCUACAUCAAAUACCUGCAAGACCUGCUUAGCACAGCCCCAGAAAGCACAGCUUCCACCGCUGGAGGUGGUCUCCUGGGUGGAGGACCAGCUCCCAACCCUCCACCUGGCCCUCUAACAGACUGCACCAGUGACGGUGAAUCCAAGGCCUCUUCCUCCCAGGUCCCAGAGUCUUCCUCUUCAUCCUACUUUUCCUCAUCCCCCUUCUGUGAAUCAGAGGAAUCUAGUCACUGAAUCCCCCUCGUGCCUACAAUCCCUCCCCUUUCUCUCUUUGUCCCUUUUACUUUGACUCAAGAAGGAUAACA